GUGGCUUUUGUGUGUGGAGGAAACGGGCGGUGGUGACCCGGACACACCCGGAAAACGUGGAACGUACCGGGGGGGAGGGAGGGGGUUGUCGCGAACCCGGGACUUGUCACACGAGACCCAUACACGACGCCGGCGGCCUGGAAUAAUUAAAAGAACACCCGGAUAGCACCCAUAACACCCGAAAACUCGCUAUUGCAUCCUGGAAGCAAGCCGGAUAUCCGCUGGUGCUGCUUUUUCACAGAGAACGCUCCUCAGACGCCCGAAUAUUUAAAAUAACAGAAAGACCGGCCGCCAUUUUCCGCCUUACCACCCAGCUCACCCGCACAAAAAAAGAUCGCUGUUAGCACACCCGGAUUUUUUUUUCCCUACCGCCGUGGAAGGAGGGGUAACCCCGGAAAUUACGUCACGCAGCCGAUCAUUUUGGCGCCCCCUUGACUCUUGCCCCUGGGUUCCUGUCGCUGAGUCUGAGACACCCUGAUCUAGAAUGGAACAAACUGAAGGCCCUAUGAGAGAAAGGGAAAGCUGAUGAUGCCUGAGCACGACAAUGGAUUUCUCCUUCUCUUUCAUGCAAGGGAUCAUGGGAAAUACAAUCCAGCAACCCCCUCAACUCAUCGACUCUGCCAACAAUCGGCAGGAUGACGCCAACAGCAGCGACCAGGCUGACGAGGGCGGGCGCACGCCCUACGAUUCUGGCCUGCAGCCAGAUUUCCAGUACCCCACUCCCACCACCGAGGACCUGCCACCCCUCACCAAUGGCUACCCUCCCUCUCUGGGUUAUGAACCACAAGUCAAGUACCAGACAUACUCGCAGUACCCCAACGGAUCGGCCAAUGGAUACGGCACCAGAAAUUACAGCACCCUGGAGUAUUACCCCCUGGACAGCGCAGUCAUGCGGCCCCACGAGGGCCUGGUCAAGUCAUCUCCCCCCCAGCCCACCUCCCCUCCAAGCCUACUCCAAUAUCCGCCGUCUUCCACUACCACCCCUCAGAAGAAAACUGGCUCGCCGGAAAUUAAGUUACGCAUUACCAAGACUAUCCAGAACGGGAGGGAGAUGUUUGAAUCCUCGCUGUGCGGGGAUCUCCUCCACGAGUUUCAAGCCAGUGAAUUCAACAGGAAAAAGCACGAGAGGAGGAAAGAAAGGAGGGAAAAAAGGAAAAAGAGCAGGCAUCAUCACCACCAUCACCACCACCGUGAAGAACUAAGGGUAGAAGACCAAUGUCCGCAAAAGAUUCCCAAGCUGGAGCCUCACGAGGAGGAAAGCGUUCAGCAGCACUUAGACAUUUCACCGCUCCCUUCCGAAGUCAGAACUGGUGUCUGGUUCCACGUGGGAGACCUGGUUUGGUCUAAAGUGGGAUCGUACCCCUGGUGGCCAUGCAUGGUGUCUUGCGACCCUCAGCUCCACGUUCACAGCAAAAUUAAUUCAAGAGGUGCCCGCGAAUACCACGUGCAGUUUUUCAGCAACGAGCCGGAGAGGGCAUGGGUGCACGAGAAGCGGAUGCGGGAGUACCGGGGCCAGAGGCAGUACCAGCAGCUGCUGGCUGAAGACUCCACCAAAGCUGUUAACCACUCAGAGAAACUGAAGAUGCGGAAGCCAAGGCCUCAGAAGGAGCGUGUGCAGUGGGAGAUCGGCAUCGCGCAUGCGGAGAAAGCACUUCGAAUGACGCGCGAGGAGAGGAUAGAACAGUACACUUUCAUCUAUAUAGAUGAAGAGACUCCUCCGGAGCCCAAGAAAGCAGCUGGGACCUGCAAAAGGAGUCGGCGGUCGACUUCGAGUAGUGAGGCAGAGUCCAUGCGUCCCUUUGAAGUCCUCCCCUCGCCGCCAACACAACCUCCUCCUUCCCAGCCUCCUUCACAAGACAUUAAGGACUCUUCUUCUGAAACCAGGAGGCAAAGCCAGCGCAAAAUGGCGCACGAGGAGGAGGAGGAGCAGGAGCAGCAGUCUCCUCAGACCCCACCAACCAAAACCGCAUGGAAGACCGCCGCUGCCCGCAAGUCGCUCCCUGCCUCAGUACUUUUGCACAAGGGCACGCUGGACCUUCAGAAGUGCAACAUGUCCCCUGUGGUGAAAAUUGAAAAUGUGCUUGCUUUGCAGAAUGCCGUGUCAGAUGGUUUUGAGCAAUUCAUAUACACGACCAAGGGAGUUGGAAACAAGACCGAAAUCACAGUUAAAGCCCCGGAAAAGGCGUCCGCACCCUCCCCCAACCCGAAGGCCGAGAAAAUGUCCGCCCAGCACACGCCGGCUCCUGAAAGCUCAUCGGGGGCCACAGGAGCCUCGGAGAAGAAACAGCAGAGGAGGUCCAACCGGACGCGGUCGGAAUCGGAGAAGUCGAUGGACUCCGUGCCGAAGAAGAAAAUCAAAAAGGAGCAGGUGGAAGUGACCCCCCUUACAGCAGUGCAGAUAGGACUGCAAAAAGGAGCCAGUGAGAUCUCGGACGCAUGCAAGCCCUUGAAGAAACGGAGCCGGGCGUCCACCGAUCUGGAGCUCGCACAUUCCUUCUACCGCGAUGCGUCGGACUCUGAUUCGCGCGGCCUCAAUGACACGCAGAUCAGCUUCGAGAAGCAGUCGGACAGCCCGUCUGCCGCAGCGGACGCGGACGCCUCGGACGUCCAGUCGGUGGAUUCCAGCGGGUCCCGGAGGCCAAGCAGGAGAGACACCGUGUGUCAGAUAUGUGAAGGUAUAGGGGAGUCUCUGGUAUCGUGCGAUGGGGAAUGCUCCCGUCACUUCCACCUUGAAUGUCUAGGGAUGGAUACGCCACCAGAAGAAAGAUUUAUAUGUAUGGAAUGUAAAACAGGCCUCCACACCUGCUUCGCGUGCAAGAUCCCCAGCACCAGCGUGAAGCGCUGCUCGGUGGCGUCCUGCGGCAAGUUUUACCACGAAGCCUGCGCCAAACAGUACGCCGCCACGGUCUUCGACUCGAGGGGCUUCCGCUGCCCCCACCACUGCUGCAGUUCAUGCACAGCCGACAAGGACCUGUACAGGGCUUGUAAAGGUCGCAUGAUGCGCUGUAUUCGAUGCCCCGUGGCGUACCACAGCGGGGACAGCUGCGUCGCCGCCGGCAGCUUACUCCUUUCUUCCAGCCUCAUCAUUUGCAGCAGCCACUCCAGACGGAGCGGGCACUCUAGUGCCGUCAACGUGGGCUUCUGUUUCGUCUGCGCUCGAGGGCUGAUAGUUCAGGAAAAUACCCUGGUCAGUUCUAUGUCCUUUAAGUCCCACUUUCUACUGACUGACUCAAAGCGUGCAGAGUUGAUGAAAAUACCUAUGAUUCCUUCCUCCUCGCCAGCUUUCAUAAAGAAAUCUGAGAAAGGCGGCAAACUGCUUUGCUGUGAUUCCUGUCCGGCCGCCUUCCAUCCAGCCUGCCUGAACAUGGACAUGCCUCAAGGAUCCUGGAGCUGCAAUGACUGCCGGGCCGGCAAGAAGCUGCACUACAAGCAGAUUGUGUGGGUCAAGCUCGGCAACUACAGGUGGUGGCCAGCUGAGAUUUGCAACCCAAGGUCUGUCCCACUCAACAUCCAAGGCCUGAAGCACGACAUUGGGGACUUCCCCGUCUUCUUCUUUGGCUCCCACGAUUACUAUUGGGUGCAUCGAGGACGCGUCUUUCCCUAUGUGGAAGGGGACAAAAGUUUUGCAGAGGGCCAGACCAGUAUUAACAAAACCUUCAAGAAAGCUCUUGAGGAGGCAGCCAAAAGAUUCCAGGAGCUGAAAGCUCAGCGUGAAAGUAAGGAGGCUCUAGAAGUAGAGCGGAACUCCAGAAAACCUCCGCCCUACAAGCACAUCAAGUCCAAUAAGGCCGUCGGAAAGGUCCAGAUCCAGGUGGCGGACGUAUCGGAGAUCCCGCGCUGUAACUGCCGCCCGUCUGACGAGGCUCCCUGCGGCCUGGAUUCCCAGUGCCUGAAUCGCAUGCUGCUGUACGAGUGUCAUCCUCAGGUGUGUCCGGCGGGCGAGCAAUGCCAAAACCAGAACUUCACCAAACGGCUGUACCCCGAGACCGAAAUCAUCCGCACAGACAGGAGGGGCUGGGGACUCAAGACCAAGAGGGACAUCCGCAAGGGAGAAUUUGUGAAUGAGUACAUGGGGGAGCUGAUCGACGAGGAGGAGUGCCGACUUCGCAUGAAACGAGCCCAUGAAAACGGGAUCACCAAUUUCUACAUGUUGACGGUGACCAAGGAUCGCAUCAUCGAUGCAGGACCCAAAGGCAACUAUUCUCGCUUCAUGAACCACAGUUGCAACCCCAACUGCGAAACCCAGAAGUGGACGGUGAACGGUGAUGUCCGGGUGGGCUUAUUCGCGCUCUGUGACAUACCUCAAGGGACCGAGCUGACGUUUAACUAUAACCUAGACUGUCUCGGCAACGGACGGACCGAGUGUCAUUGUGGAGAAGAUAAUUGUAGUGGGUUUUUAGGCGUUCGGCCAAAGACAGCGUGUGCGACAGCGACCGAGGAGAAGGCCAAAAAUGCUCGGCUGAAAGCAAAGAAGCGGAAAAUCAAGACUGAACAAAAGCAAAUGCAUGAAGAUUUCUGCUUUCGCUGCGGAGACGGAGGGGAGCUGGUGAUGUGCGAUAAGAAGGACUGUCCGAAGGCUUAUCACCUCCUCUGCCUUAACCUGACGCAGCCUCCUUACGGUAAAUGGGACUGUCCGUGGCACCAGUGUGAUACCUGCGGAGCCGCCUCUUCGUCGUUCUGCGACUUCUGUCCGGCGUCCUUCUGCAAAGACCACGACAAAGGAGCCCUUACGCCCUCUGUUUUCGAAAACAGACUCUGCUGCUCUGAUCACGACCCCAAACAGCCGCUGGCCUACGGGGAUAUGAACAAAAUCAAGUGUAAAACAGAGUCCGAGGACCCCUCGUUCCCCCAGGAGUUUUAAAGUUCAUACACUUACGGCGAAACAAAGUUCAUUAGAGCGUAGACGUUUCUCCCCCACGGCUGACAGAGGGCACCCGAUGGGGUUUUAGGCAUAAGAAUUGGAUCGUACGAGUCCCAUCUGUGUCUUUGUUGUUCUUGACAAACUCUAUGGUUUUCGGGGAUUAUUUUCCUUCUUUUUUUUUCAUGGUGAAAUCUGUCUCCCAAGGUUCUGGCAAACAGAUGUAUUUAUUAUAUUUUAUAUUUAUUAUUACUUUUGUUCUGGAUUAUUCAAAUGUCUGGUGCUGGUACCCAGCUUCGCAGAUUAAGUAUUGAUGAAAAAAGACAAUGUGGAGUUUUGGCGGUUCUCUACCUUCUUCUCUAUCAUCGAUGAACAAGUUGUAAUGUGAUAUUUUGCCUCCAGUUUAUGGACCCCCAUCACUCCUAAAGGACUUGCUGCGGAAUAGGAAGGCACUCGGCCCGUUGGUCUUCUGGAGCGUUUGUUAAAUGGUGCAUGUUGAAAUUCAACAAUUCCGAAUCCCCCCCUUUCUGAACAAUUCUAAGAAUGAAUAUUCUUCAAGUUCACCGCAUUCUUCU